UCGCGAGUAGCUGGAGAAAUUGUUAAUUUUGUCAGUUGGGAAACUUAUCACCUUUCUUUCUUUCUUCCAUGGAUCCUUUGGUUUAAAUGAGACGUCUUUACUUCUUUAUUUACGUAAAUGCCAUCUCGCCACUCUCCGCCGGAUGUCUCGCCGCUGCCGACGAUGGUUAGCGACGGUCACCACCGUUUCCAGACCCUUCCGCUUAUCAUUCCCGGUUCUCUAACCUUAAUCGGAGCUCUACUUAUCCUCUUCACUAUACUUCUCUACAGGAGACUCUACCGAAACCGUACGGCUCCAUCUGAUCUGAUCUCCAAGUCUCCUCAACACUACCAAUGUCGUCGCUUCUCUUACACUCAGCUCCGCCGCGCAACAAACUCUUUCUCCGAGUCGACUCAGCUCGGCCAUGGCGGAUUCGGCUCCGUCUACAAAGCUGAUCUCCCGAGUGGCAACUCACUCGCCGUCAAAGUCAUGGACUCCUCCACUGGGUCUCUGCAAGGCGAGCGUGAGUUUCAUAACGAGCUUUCUCUCUCCUCUCACCUUAUCAGCUCGCCUCACGUCGUCUCUCUCCUUGGAUUCUCCUCCGAUCGUCGUGGCCGGCGGCUUAUACUCGUCUACGAGCUCAUGGCUAAUCGUAGUUUACAGGACGCGCUUUUGGAUCGCAAAUGUGAGCAGCUUAUGGAUUGGAACAAGCGAUUUGAGAUUGCGACUGAUAUCGCAAAGGGGAUCGAGUUUCUUCACCACUAUUGUGAACCAGCCAUCAUCCAUGGAGAUAUUAAGCCGAGUAAUAUCCUUCUCGAUUCUGAUUUCAAGGCCAAAAUUGGAGAUUUCGGUCUCGCGAGGGUAAAGUCUGAGGAUUUCGAUACUAGGAUUCAGAUUGAGGAAGAAGAGAGGAGAAAGGAUGUUGCUGAAGAUAAUGGGUCGAUUCUGGAGGAAGCUGAAAGUGUGAUUACUGUGUUUGAAGAAAGUAAUGUUGCUAAUAUGUCACCGGAGACUGGAGUGUCUCCGGGGUCUGCAUCGGUACUUUCACCGGAGAAUUGUGGAAUCAGCGUCUUGACGGCGGAGGCCGGAGCAUCUCCGGGGCCGGCAUUGAUACCGUCGCCGGAGAAUUAUACAGUUAGCAUCUUGACGGCAUCUCCCGGAGCAGAAUCGGGAUUAUCACCGGAGGUGGGUUUGGAGAAAGAGAGUGUUUCAGAGAGCUGUUUGGAACAAAUGAGUGUGGAGAGUAGUAAGCAAAAAGUGGUUUCGAAGAGAGACUGGUGGUGGAAACAUGACAACAAUGGUGAAAGGAUUGAAUCAGGGAGUGUGAAGGAUUACGUGAUGGAAUGGAUUGGGAGUGAGAUUAAGAAAGAGAGUAACAACAACAAAGAGUGGGUCAAAAAUGGUGAUGGAUCAUCAUCAGUGUCUAAGAAGAAAAAGAAAGAGAAUAAGAGAAAGCCUAGAGAGUGGUGGAAGGAAGAGUUUUGUGAAGAGCUAACUAAAAAGAAGAGGAAAAAGAAAAAGAAGAAGAAAAGAGGGUUAAGCUCAAUCUCAAGCAUUGACUCUUGGUUUCAUAGAGAGGAUGACUCUGCCUCUGUUCAUGAGCAGAAUUAUAACCCUACCAAGAGAAAGAAGAGAAAUAGCGUAGAUUGGUGGGUAGAUGGGUUAAGCGGAGAUCUAAAAUCGGUCAUGGGCAAAAAAAACAGUCAAGAUUCAGGUUUAUGGUGUGAUGUUAAUGUUCAGAAGAGCGGUGGAGUAAGCAGCACACCGAGUAUGAGAGGUACGGUGUGUUAUAUUGCACCAGAAUGUGGCGGUGGGGGUGUGUUGUCUGAGAAAUGUGAUGUCUACAGUUUUGGGGUUCUGCUUUUGGUUCUUGUCUCAGGGAGACGGCCAUUGCAGGUGACUGCAUCGCCCAUGUCGGAGUUUGAGAGGGCUAAUUUGAUAUCAUGGGCUAAGCAAUUGGCUUGCAACGGUAAAUUGCUGGAGUUAGUUGAUAAAUCCAUACAUUCUUUGGAGAAAGACCAAGCGGUUCUUUGUAUUACUAUUGCAUUGUUGUGUUUGCAAAGAUCUCCGGUUAAGAGACCGACGAUGAAGGAGAUUGUUCAGAUGCUUUCGGGUGGGGCUGAGCCACCUCAUUUGCCGUUUGAGUUCUCGCCUUCGCCGCCUAUGGGUUUUCCGUUUAAGUCAAGAAAGAAAGCACGGUGAAGUUGGUUUUGAGCUCAGCCAAGUGUAGAUUUGUUCGGUUCAUAACCUUUAAACCAAAUGCGAGUUGUAGAAACUGUUUGAUUCCAUAAGAUUAGAUUUUAAGUAUUUUUGAGGAUCUAGUUGCUUGACAUUUUAGUUAGACAAUAAAAAGUUUCCAAUUGACAUUAAGAACAUGAUCAUGAUUAGAGUUUAACUGCCUUUUUUAUUUGCUAAAAUCUAUGCUCAAGACUAGAUGGACCCAGA